CCGGCGUAGCAGAGAGGUGGGGUGGAGUCGCCUGCGCCGGGCCCAGGGCUACCGCUGUCGGACUGGCCAUGGACGAUACCCUGUUCCAGUUGAAGUUCACAGCGAAGCAGCUGGAGAAGCUAGCCAAGAAGGCAGAGAAGGACUCCAAGGCGGAGCAGGCCAAAGUGAAGAAGGCCCUUCAGCAGAAGAAUGUGGAGUGUGCCCGAGUCUAUGCUGAGAAUGCCAUCCGCAAGAAGAAUGAAGGUGUGAACUGGCUCCGCAUGGCGUCCCGUGUGGAUGCAGUAACCUCCAAGGUGCAGAUGGCCGUGACCAUGAAGGGGGUGACGAAGAACAUGGCACAGGUAACCAAAGCACUGGAUAAGGCCCUGAGCACCAUGGACCUGCAGAAGGUCUCUGCCGUGAUGGACAGGUUUGAGCAGCAGGUGCAGAAUCUGGAUGUGCACACAUCGGUGAUGGAGGACUCCAUGAGCUCAGCCACCACACUCACCACACCUCAGGAGCAGGUGGACAGCCUCAUUGUGCAGAUUGCUGAGGAGAACGGCCUAGAGGUGCUGGACCAGCUCAGCCAGCUGCCUGAGGGUGCCUCCGCGGUGGGGGAGAGCUCUGUUCGCAGCCAGGAGGACCAGCUGUCCCGGAGGUUGGCUGCCUUGAGGAAUUAACUGCGCCUCUACAUGCACUGGCUCCCCUGCUCUGUGAUGUGCUGGAGGCUCCUGUCCUUCCUCCCCACUGUCCCUCACCUUUUGAUCCUGCAGAGCUGCCACCGGCAGCCAUGGCCUCUCAGCUCCUCUUGCCUGCCGGACCAGGGUGGGCUCAGAACUGAUCCUGUUCCUCUUAGGUCGGACAGUGGGUCUGCAUCCUGGUGUUGAGUUUAUGCACACUGGUGUGGGUAGCUUUGUGACUCUGGGCGGACCCUGGAGCCUGGCAUGCUGCCCUCGGCCCUUCACUGUGCAAAGUUGAUGGGACUGGCCAAAGGAUGUGUGUGGACUUGAGCCCAGUGCUGUGGGGCCCUCACGCUCCAGGGGCUGCAUCCCUGCUGCCUACUGUCAGCCAGUGGGGAUUGGGGCCACCCCUGUGCCAGGCAGCUCCUGGAGGCCUCCCCCUUGACAGACAACCUGCCACAAGAAGGUGCCUGUUGUCCUGUGUCCAGCACCGCUGACACUCUGCUGGGCAUUUACAGAUGAUGACCUUCUUCUGUGGUUCAGGGCUGGGGUCUUGGCCUUACUACAGCUGGCUGAGCCCUGCUGGGGCCUCCUGCCCUCGCCUCCCUCGGUUCUUAGAGGUGCCCAGUCCCCCGGACAGAACAGUCAUCCAGGUCCAGGUCCAGGUGUGCCUACCUGGGGUUCUCAUCCUUGCUGGGCAGCUGCCUCUGGAGGUACCUUGGGCCACUGGGUCUGAGCUCUGUCUCCCACAGCGCCCACCAGAACUCCAGGCUCCUCCAGCCACAUGACCUCUUUCCUAGGGCCUUUGCCAGUGCCUCCCACUCCUCAGUGGGUGCCACAGUUUUGUCUUUCACUGUAAAUUAGCGGGCACUCCCCUGGCCACUGCCCCACUUGCCUCCUCAGCUUGGAUGCCAGAGUGGCUGUGGAAGGGAGCUGGGACAGUGGCCUUGAGGGCCACUGCAGGCUCUUGGAGGGCUGCUGCAGGAGCCACAGGAGACGUGCGGGGAGGCCGCGAGGGCUGGGCACCAGCUGCUGUCUUGCUUUUUCUGUUUCCUAAAGUUUACUUAAUGCCAUCAAAGUUCUUAGGGUUUGGGUUUUUUUGUUUGUUUGUUUUUUGGGGUUUUUUGCCAAAGUAGAAAGCCGGGGCCUAGUUUUCUCAGCAUGGGUGUGGGGGACCAGUGUUGCCCACCCAAAAGACCCAUGUUCAAGUUCAGAGAUGUGGCAGCUCUGACCAGAGCACACUGCCCUGGGCUCUGUUCUGGACGUGGAGCCCUGGUAUCCGUACAGUGGGUGGUGCUGGGGGAAGGGGUUGGUCGAGGCACUGUCUGGUUGUGGUCCCACUGGGACUCUGGAAAUUGACCUGCAUGCUGGGUGUGGAGAGGAGAGCUGAUGGCUCCUGGGGAACAGCCUCAGGGAGCCCCCGGAGCCCCGCCGCAGGUGCACUGCGGUGCAGAGGUCUGGGUAGCACUGGCCUGCAGGGGUCCUGGGGCUGGUUCACCAGAGGAGGGUGGGUGUUUGCCUUUUUCCUAAAAUGCUGUUGUAAGUAAAUAAAUUGA